AUGUACCUUCGCUGGCCUCGGAUCACCGCCUUCGUGCUCACCACGGCCCUGUGCAUCACCGAGAUUGGACUCGCGGCGUGGACCCUCGCCGACUCGCACGACAAGCAGGAGCUCGCGCGCAAGACGCUCCCGGGCGCGUCGCUCAACCUCGACGAUGCGCUCGCGGUCGGCAAGGCGACGACGGCUGCGGCGGCCGUCUCUGCCGUCGUGUGCCUCGUCAUGCUCUUCUUUACCGUCUUCCGCCCUCGUCAGGCCGAGACGUUGACGUCGAUCCGCCUCAAGGAGGGCGGGUUCGCCCUCAUCCUCGUCUUCUUCCUCGGCGCCCUCAUCCCGGCGACGUACUACACGGCGACGCGCUCGGGCAUCAUCAACGCGCCGGGCAUCCCGCGCACCCUCAUCGACCAGCUCGUCAAGGCGUCGGGCCAGGACCUUCGCUACCGCAAGCAGAAGACGAUCCUGUCGUACGUCAUCGUCGGCUGGAUCGCGUUCCUGUUCACGGCCAUCUCGCUCGUGCUCGUCUCGAUCGCGGCGCGCAAGACGCUCAAGCACGGCGUCGACAGCAACGGCCCGCUCGUCGCGCACGAGACCAAGCACACGACGCACCAGGACUCGGCUGCCGCGAGCACGGUCGCCGAGAGCCGCCGCCCGAGCGUCGCGCACGAGAAGGCGGGCGAGCUCCAGGCGAGCGUUUGA